AUGAGCGACAGAGAAACUUCAGGGAAUGACGACCUUUCGUUGCCCAAGGCCACGGUGCAGAAGAUAGUGAGCGAAAUCAUUCCGUCAGACCUGGCGUUUGCCAAGGACACCCGCGACGUGUUGAUCGAGUGCUGCAUCGAGUUCAUCAUGAUGCUGAGCACCGAAAGCAACGAGAUUGCCGAGAAGGAGAGCAAGAAGACGAUUGCGCCGGAACAUGUCAUCAAGGCUCUGCAGGAGCUGGGAUUCAUAGACUACAUUGAGCCCAUCAAGGACCUGAUUGUGGAGCACAAGGAGGCGCUCAAGUCGCGGGAGAAGAAGGUUGGAAAGCUGGAGCAGUCGGGCAUGACCGAGGAGGAGCUGUUGAGAAAGCAGGAGGAAAUGUUUGCUGCCGCCAGAAGCAAGCUCAACAACAACGCAUAG